AUGAAUAUACAAACGGAAACCACAAAUUGCAGUCGUAGCCAGAACAACAGCAACAACAAUCAUCAUGCUGCCACAAAUACCAACAACAAACACAACAAUGAACAAAUCGCUGCCGCCAGCAGUUCAACGGGUCUAGCCAAUCGGCCAGAGGCCCGUAGUCCCUCGCCGGAUGGCACCCAAGAUUACGAUGUAACCCGUAUGAGAGAAGAAGACUUUGAACGUUUGGCCGUCUACAUUGUGCCCGAUGUCCAGUGUGAACGAGGCCUACCAAAUCGGGCCGAUAAAACCCUGCCACGCAGUUUAACACUCAAACCCUCGCUGGUAUUUUCAUCAGCUAAUGUAAAGACUGAAGGUGUUUGGAGCACCGGCGUCAUACCCAGAGGCACCCGUUUUGGUCCCUUUGAGGGUGUGCCAACACCACACUAUCCCAAUGAUCCCAAUACGGCGCGUUACUUUUGGAGGGUGCAGGGAACACGUCAUAUAACCUAUGGGAAUAUAAAGAUCUUCAAAGAUGAUGAUUUCUAUUAUUUAGACGGCUCAGAUCGUUCCCAGGCCAAUUGGAUGCGCUAUGUGGCCUCCGCCUACAGUCUGGACACCAUGAAUUUGGUGGCCUGCCAACAUCAGGAAAACAUCUACUUCUACACCACCCGCGAUAUAAUGCCCAACGAGGAGCUGAUGGUGUGGUAUUGUAAAGAUUUUGCCAAACGUCUGGGUUACGAUGUGGAUCCAGAGCGUACUUUGUUCGGAGCCUGCAAGGAGGCAAACGAGGACGAUGAGGAAGCAGAACCUGAGGAUGAAGCCGAGUAUCACAAAAAAUCACGCUCUUGCACACCAUCCUAUAGUAUGCCUGCUCCUGAAAUUCCACCAGAAAUUGCCUAUAAUCACAUAACCUAUGUUAUGGGUCUGCAUUUGCCACCACCGGCAGCGACAUCGACCACAAACCCAAUGCCAAAUGGUAGGCGGUCACGUUCGCCCACAUUGAGUCCUUCCCCGCCAGCCAAUCCCCAACAACAACAACAGCAACAAGCACAAAUUGCAACACACCCGCAUAUCCAACACAGCCAAGGAACGGCGGCAACGACCGCCCGUUCUCUUAUUCGCCACACCCACCAUCAAAGUGUUUUGCAUUUAAAACAAGAACCUGCCAGCGUGAUUGUUGCCGAUCACUGUGAAACAAAGGAACCCAUAUUGGUAGGUGGUGGCGGUUCACCACUUUCCUCCCACAAGGAGGCGCCCUAUGAACACCAGCUAACCCCCAAUGACGGCAGUGUGCGAUCGGUACGUUCCGAUGAGGGUUACCACAGCAAUGAAUAUCACGAGGAUCGCUUAACGCCAUCUGGUGGCGACGACAGUGAUAGCGAAAGUGAACACAACUAUGUAUUGGACUGCUCCAAGAAGGCAAUAGCUCCCAAAGAAACUGUGAUUGCCCAUUCGCAGAAGGCCAUGGUGGCCAGCAGUUCAAACACCACCGCCGGCAACACCAACAGUAGCACAGGCGCAGCCUCUGCCGCCAUUGUGGCCAAUUCCAUUGCCAUUGCCUCCAGCGGGGAGUGCGGCAAAAAUGAAUACCGCAAGUUCAAAGUUAAAAUGCCACUGAAAUACGAGUUUAAGAAUAGCAUCAAGACUGAGGCAAGCAAUGCCACCACCACCACCGCAGGUUCCACCACAACCAGCCUAAAUGAUCUACAAGCGGCCAGUUCCAGUGAAGAUGAAACCAUUCAAAGGCCCACUUGUACAUCAUCAACCCAACUGGAUGAACUGAUGGAUGCUGCCGAUUCAUGUCGCUCCAGUCGUCUCAUGGAAUCUCCAGCUACCACCACCACCAGCCAGCCAGCUUCCAGUACCGUCAUAGUCUUGGAAAAUAGUCAGAAACGCACAAUUGUCCCCUUGACCAAACCCUACUAUGAGGCCGAAUCCAGCUCACCACCACCACCAGGUGUGGCGGGUGGCCAGGGUGGCUACAUACGCUAUACCCCACCCUCGAGUAUUUUGGAAACCAUUUUAACGGGACAACAUCAACACCGCCUAGAAACAGCAGCAGCCGCGGCGGCAGCAGCUGCAGCAGCCGUUGCCUGUCAUCAGGCCAACUCGGCCACACCACCACCCUCCUCACCCACAGAAAUGGCUUAUUCCUAUAAGAAAUCCCAUCGUUAUGGCAACGCGGUGAGUCCCGAUUCCUCGUCAAAUAACAUGGCUGUUGGCUCGGCCAUCAGUGGGGAACAUUCCUCCAGUCAUGAAGUGGAAUCCGAUAUUCACAUGAAUUCCAAGAAGGAAUUGUGUUCCUCUCCUCCCGCAGCGGGACAUGCUCAACAUCAUGUACUAUUCUCACCACAUGGGGUACAUGCCGCCUAUGUCAACGAUGGUCAACAUACACCACCCUAUUCCACCUACUCGUCCUAUUCGAACAGCAGUUUAAAUGGCCAAACGGUGAGCGUUCUGCAUGCCCCGACCUCAACGUUCCAUUCACCACCACACAGUGCUCAAUCGCCUUUCGAUAGGCAAUCACAUUCCUCCAGUGGUUCGCAGCAGAAUCUGCACAUGCUCCAAGGCAGCAGCCAAAUGUUGAAUCAUCCCCUAAUGCAACCACUGACCCCACUACAACGUCUCUCCCCUCUAAGGAUUUCACCACCCAGUUGCCUAAGUCCCGAUGGUAAUUCAUGUCCACGAAGUGGCAGCCCCCUCAGUCCCAAUUCGUUAGCCUCUCGUGGCUACCGUUCCCUACCCUACCCCCUGAAAAAGAAAGAUGGUAAAAUGCACUACGAAUGCAAUGUCUGCUGCAAAACCUUCGGCCAGCUGAGCAACCUGAAGGUCCAUCUGCGCACCCAUUCCGGUGAACGGCCCUUCAAAUGCAAUGUCUGUACGAAAAGUUUCACCCAAUUGGCCCAUUUGCAGAAACAUCAUUUGGUCCAUACGGGUGAGAAACCACAUCAGUGUGAUAUCUGCAAGAAGCGGUUCUCAUCGACAUCGAAUUUGAAGACCCAUCUGCGGCUGCACAGUGGUCAGAAACCGUACGCGUGUGAUUUGUGUCCGCAGAAAUUUACACAGUUUGUUCAUUUGAAGUUGCACAAACGUCUGCACACCAACGAUCGGCCUUAUGUGUGUCAAGGUUGUGAUAAGAAGUACAUUAGUGCCUCAGGGCUGAGGACCCACUGGAAGACGACCAGUUGUAAGCCGAAUAAUUUGGAGGAGGAGUUGGCAAUGGCGGCGGCAGCUACCACCGAAUGUUUGGACAAUGAGCACCCUGAACCCGAUUCCCGUGAGGCCUUCGAACAAAUGCAACAACACAUGAAUGUGCCCCAUCUGAGGCACCUAAACGGUUCAACGGGUCAGGAACAUUUAAAUGGCCAACGUGUCUUAACGCAUCCACAGCAGCAACAUUUGGCCCAUAUGCAGAGUCAACAUGUCAGUAUGAUGCAUCCGCAUUUACCAGCACCACACAACGCCGGCAUGCUGCUGACGACAGCCAAUCAACAGCAAUCCCAGCCACAAUCCAUGCAUCAGGUGGUCCAUCAACAACAUUUACUACAACAGCAGCAACAACAACAAUCAUUAAAGGUUAAACCCCAAAUCCACAUGAUGCCCGGCUCGGGAGUACACGAUGGUAAUGGCCCAACUCAUGCUCAGGUUGCAGCAGCGGCGGCUGCCCAUGCUGCAGCGGCAGCUGCGGCUCAUGCUGCCGCUUCCGGUCAUUCAUUGGGACCAGCUCAAGAUAAUCGACCCUCAGUGAUAGAAUCCAGUCAACCCAUGAUUAUAGAAUUUUUUGAUUACAUUUGUAAAAUCUCAUUGAGGCGUGUGUUUGGUAUUAUUCCACAUUCCAUGUGUAAAUCAUUUGACAUCUCUGUUAGUUCAAUGAAUGGAGGGGAGGAAAAUGACAUUCUGGUGCUGUUGUCGUUGUUGUUGUCGUCAUUAUGCGGUGGUAGUAAAACCAUAGCUGACAUGGGAUUUUUCUGUAUGGUAGUUGUUGCUGCUCUUAAGACUGCUGUAAGCAACAACAACAACUUGAGUAGCAGCGGCAGCUAG